AUGAAUUUGAGGAAAUUUUCCUAAUAGUCAUAUUUAUAAGCUAAAGGUUCUAAGCCUUAAAUUGAGAAAAAAAAGGCUGUAAAUUAGAAAAAAGUAAAGCCAAUAUAUGAAUAAGAAAAAAAAAAAAUGAAAGAGCAAUUUGAAUAAAAUUAAAGCAAUCAUUAAAUUUUGAUAAAUCAAGAUACAAAUGAGAUAACAGUUUCUGACUUUGAAACAUCUACCAAUAUUGAAAAAAAAUGUAAAAUUUAUAUAAUGAAAGUAAUUAGCAAUCCAAGGGCUAAAAAAAAGCAUUUUUCACCAAUCUUUAAAACAAAUAAUAUUACUAUUGAUUUGAAUUCAUCUAAAUAUUAAUUAUCAUUAUCACGGGAUAAAGUAUUGAGUAAUGAUGUUAUAAGUUUAUGGGAUUCAAAUUAAAGAGGAAAUAAAUAAUCUUACAACAGUUUUUAGUUUGAGGAAAAAUAAAAAUUAAAUAGCAAAGGUUCAAAAAAAAAGUUAGAGUAUGGUAACAAAUUAUAGAAAUAAUUGGAUGAUUUUGUAAAGAAAAGGCAUUAAAAUACAUAAACCUCAUUUGAUUGUACUAAACUAAAAAAAUUAGAAAAAAGGAAACUUCAAACGAAAAUUAGCCUUGAAAAUUAAAUUGAUUAAAGCAUUGAUAAAUAAAAUAAUGAAAAAGAAUGCUAAUUUAACAAUAUGAAUAGUCAAAAUUAAGAGAUAUAAACUUAAAUAAAUAAUUCUUAAGAAUAGUAAGAAUAAUAAAAAUAAAAAAAAUCAAGUUCUGUUAAAAGCAAUCCUUUAAUUCCAAUUCAUAUUAGAUACUAAUACGAAAAAGAAUAUAAGGAAGCAAAAUAAAAAUCAAGUGAAAAAUUAAAUGAAUAAUAAUAUCAAUAAAGUAUUGCUCUAUAUUAAUUUAAGGAAAAAAGGUAAGCAAGGAUUAAAUAGAAGAGUUUUUUAAAGAAUAAUAAAGGUUUAUGAAGAAGAGAGCUGAAUUUUUUGAAAAAGAAUUUGAAAAAAAACUUUGGGAAGCUUCAUAAACUGAAAAUGAGUUUCUUUACAAACCAGUACUUAAUGAAUAAUCUAGUCGAGUAUUUCUAUUAUAUCUAAUACUAGAUUUUAGAUAAGAAAUUAAAAGGAAAGAAAUUUGAUUAAAGAAUAGAAUAAUUUGAAUAAAAUAGAUAAAAUAAAUUAUAAGAAUAGAUUGAAAGUAUGAGGCCAUCAUUCACUCCUACAAUAAGUAAAAAAUCAAGAAAAGUAAAUAAUUUAAGAUAAGUUAGAUUAUGGAAAACCCAAAAUAAAGAUUUACACAAUCAAAUUAAAUAGGAUUUAAUUAACAAAAUUUGAGAACUAAAACUUAAGAGGGAUAGUGA